UUUCUAACUUAAAUUCACUGAUGUGCACACAGGAUUUUACUGUAGGAGAACCAUGAAUCUACAUCACUGUAGACAACCCCUCUAAUUAUUAAUCAAUUAUUGUGACUUUGAAAAUUGGAUAUAUUUUGCUUUUUAGAUAAAAUUGUAAUUGUGGAACAUUGGCCAAAUAUACUUACUGUGACUAUUUGUACCAAAUAUUCUUUGGACGUGGACUGUUUAUAAAUAUAUUUUUGACCUUAGAGGAUCAUUCCCUUCAUUUAAACCUACUCCGUCACACCAACUUUAUUCAUGUCACCACAAACUAUAGGCAGAAUAUAGUUGAAGACUUUUUCUGGCCUUGAUUCUCUGACUUUCUCUCCAAACUGUUCCCCUUGGUUACCCUUUUACCUCUGUUUAUUGUGCUCUUUAAGACCACCCAGUGGAUUAAUGGUUAAUACAAAGAUCACCACUUUGAGGCUUGUUGGAAACUGAUGGUCUUUAUGUGUGAAUUCUGCAUGUUCCCCUGUGUUUACAGGUGACACGAAGCCUUGCAAUGGACUGGCAAACUCUAGAUAUAAAGGGUCCUCGGUUUACGGCGUCCUCGACAUUUUGUGGAUAACGUCACCAUCUCCUAUAAAUUUAUCAAGUAAGUCUAGUUCUGUCCCUCCAAUCUAUGGUGCACAUAAACUAGUUGGUGAGUAGGAUUGCAUCGUAAGAUUCCAGUCAAGCGCUUCCUGUACUAUUCCACCCUUUACUCGAUGACUGCGUCUGAAACUAUAACGCUACCUUCUUCCAUUCUUCUCUUCCCCUGGCUCUAAAUCACACAUCAUGGCCUGUUUCCAGCACAACACUCGUCUCCAACUACUACAUCCUGCCUACACCCACUUCGUUGCAGACUGUUGCCUGAAAAUAGAUGGGUUAUUGUUUUGUUUUUUUUUAAUGGUUCUGUGACAACCCUAGAAGUUCUGCAGUAAAAAUCACUAUUAUUACUACUGAUAUCAGUUUCUGGUAAAAAAUAUCAAACAUAGUUAUUUGUGGAAAGUAAACGGCAUACAUUUUGCGAUGACAUGGUAAAAUUCUAAAAUGUAUAUUUCUGGUUGUAUACUGUAGUUCUGUAGUUCUAAUUCAUAAUUAACAUGUUAUACAUACAGGUGCUGUCUUGGUAGUAAUCAGCAUAAAUUACAUUCUAAUGAAUUGAAUUUGGGCAUUUAUAGACAUAAAGCAUGGUGGAAACAUCUUCACAGUACGGACGAGCAUGGGUAAAGCAGAAGGAAGGUAACUUUAACUCAUUAAACCAAAUAAAAACACUUGGGAUGGUUUGCACCUUAAUUCAAGAUGAUAUAUUUGAUAUGUGAUGUUUGCGUUGUCUUUUCUGUGCUUCAGAGUGUUCAGUGUGUGUUUCGAUUCAUCCAUGUCUUACCUGAACACAUGUCUCUGAGCGCAGACUAAUCCCUUUAGCUGUCUCUGUCCUGUCCCUAUAUUUGCAUCACCUCUCUGAGAUUAGUCAGAGGAUUUUCUACAAGUGCUGGUGCAGAUCAAUAACCUCUUCACCACAGAGGGACCGGCUGCUAUCUGCCAAGGAAAGUCAGCUGCUUCUGGAAGGGCUGCAGUGAUGUAAUUAAAGGCUUGUGCUAAACAGUUACCUGCUACCUCUCUUUCAUAAUGGUGGACCUAUUCUUGAACCAGAUCCUUGUUGAGAACAACUGGGACCAGGAUAUAGUCAACACAGAACGUGAAAUCAUGGCAAUCCUUGAAAACCGUAUUGUGAUGCUGUUUUUUGCAUCUGCUGAGUGUCAAAUGUGUCGGGAGUUUUUGCCUGUUCUAAAUGAGUUUUUCAAGAAGCUGAAGGACCCAGCAUUCAUCGAGUAUCCUCAGCUACUUGCACUCAUCUUCAUCAGCUUGGACCAAUCAGAGGAACAGCAAGAAAAGGUCCUUAAACAGAUGCACAAAAGAGUUCUGUUUUUGACAUUUGAAGACCCAUACAGGAAUGAACUUCGGACUCUGUUUAAGGUGAAAGACCUCCCAACAGUAGUGGUUCUUCGCCCUGAUGGAUCCAUUCUCUCCACGAAUGCUGUAAAUGACAUCUGUCGCUUGGGUUCAGACUGUUUUCGUAACUGGCAGGAAUCAGCAGAGCUCAUUCAGAGAACCUUUAUGUUGAACGAGGAGUUUGAUGACCUCAAUCUGCGAAGCGCCACUGAUCCUGUGAGAAGACUGAAGUACAAGACAGAGGACGACAAGAGAAAAAAGAAAUGGUGGAAGUUAUAGCUAAAACAGUAAGUUGAAAAAAAUAUAUAAAAAAAUAUAUAUUUUUUAAUUUUAUUCUUUAUAAAAUCAUAAUUAAGAACAUGACGCACAUGUCUUAAACAAAAGAUAUUGGGAACAACUGACUUAUGUCCUUAAUCAUUUAUAAUGACUCACUCAUAAAAUAAAAACAUGUAUAUCAACUGAUAUAAGUUAACAUUUAUUUAAAAGCAUAAUCUUUUCAUGUUAAUAUAAGUUUAAUAUAAUAUUGACUGAAUGUACUGUAUAUAGUAGAUGUUGUAUAGAUUACUUUUUGGGGAAAGUUUUAUAUGUUAUGUAAAAGAAAACUGUAAAUCUUACUAACAGAUAUUGUGCUUUUUGUAUUUGUGAUACAUUAUAUGAUAAUAGAAUUUAUUUGACUUGGAACUCUGCAUAAAUAUGUUCUGUUAAGAAUCCUUAAAAACAGAAAUAUGCACAUCUGCACAUGAUAUAGAACCCAGAUCCCAGAUCCCACAUGCUUGCAGACAAAAUAAACCAAAAACAUUGUGAUCCCCCCCUGCCCCCCCAGUCUUUUCUGUUAUCCCCAGUUAAAUGUUUAUGCAUGACUAAUGUUAACUAGGACACUGCUGGGUUUGACCAGUUAGACAGUGCAG